AUGGAGGCAGUGAAUUUUGAUGGUUGUGUUGACCUGGGCCAAGUUCCUGAGUGUCUCCUGCCCCCACCCCUACUCUGCAAAUACCGGUACAGCAGCUGGCGAGGACUGGCCAAGGCUCUGGCCAGCAGGGACAUUCCAGCCGUGGGUCCAGACCUCCAGUUCCACCGUCCCCAGAGGCUGAGCCCCAAGGACCACGAGGUUGACGGAGGUGGGCACGGUAACCGCAGCUACCUGGAGUGGAACAAGCCCGUCCCUUGGCUCUCAGAGUUCCGGGGCCACGCCAACCUGCACGUGUUUGAGGACUGGUGCGGCAGCUCCAUCCAGCAGCUGCGGAGGAACCUCCACUUCCCGCUGUACCCCCACGUCCGCACGACCCUGAGGAAGCUGGCCGUGGCUCCCAAAUGGACCAACUAUGGCCUCCGCAUCUUUGGCUACCUGCACCCCUUCACUGACGGGAGGAUCCAGUUCGCCAUCGCUGCCGAUGACAACGCUGAGUUCUGGCUGAGCCGCGACGAACAGGUCUCUGGCCUUCAGCUGCUGGCCAGUGUGGGCAAGACUGGAAAGGAGUGGACCGCCCCUGGAGAGUUUGGGAAAUUUCAGAGUCAGAUUUCCAAGCCCGUGAGCCUGUCAGCCGCCCGCAGGUACUACUUCGAGGUGCUGCACAAGCAGGACGCCAAGGGCACCGACCACGUGGAGGUCGCGUGGCGACGGAAUGACCCUGGAGCCAAGUUCGUCAUUAUCGACUCUACGUCCCUGUCCCUCUUCACAAAUGAGACAGUCCUCAGGAUGGACGAGGUGGGCCACAUCCCUCAGACGGCAGCCAGCCACGUGGGCUCCCUGGACUCCCUUCCCAGAGACGAGCAGCCCCUCACCGACAUGCUGCGGCCUGACCCCCGGGACACCCUCUAUCGAGUGCCUCUCAUCCCCAAGUCUCACCUGCGCCACGCCCUGCCUGACUGCCCCUACAAGCCCAGCUACCUGGUGGAUGGGCUCCCUCUGCAGCGGUACCAGGGCCUCCGCUUUGUUCACCUGUCCUUCGUUUACCCCAAUGACUACACCCGCCUGAGCCACAUGGAGACCCAGAACAAAUGCUUCUACCAGGACAACGCCUACUACCAGGACAGGUUCAGCUUCCGGGAGUACAUCAUGACGGACCAGCCUGAGCAGCAGGGGCCGGGGCAGCCAGGUUUUGAGGAGGGUCUUCUAGAAGAAUCCCAGUAUGUAGACGUGGCACAGGAGACCCCCACCUCCAGUGACCAGAAGACCGGACGGCCGGAGGGAGCGCCCACGCCCACUAUGACCGCCGAGCAGGACCUCACGGACUUCCGCCUGCAAGGCCUGCGCAGGCUCCUGGGGCGGCCCCCGCAAGGCCCUCCCGGACCUCCUUCCACGCACAACUCCACGGCUGCCCCCCCAGGGAGGCCCAGCCACAGCCCCGCCCCGCAGCCAGGGCAGGGGCGGAGGACACCCAGCCCCUCGCCCAGCCAGGCCCCCCAGCGUUCUGACGGGCGGCCCCCUGGGCACCCGGCAGGGAGCCCUCCUCUGGCUAAGAGGCUCGGGCCCUCCCUGGACGGCCCCAGGGGGGCUCUAGAGCAGUCCCAGUGGCUGAGCCAGGUGGAAUCAUACAUUGCCCAGCAGCGCAGGGCCGACGGCGUGGAGCCCCAGGCCCCCCGCAGGGAGUGGCAGGGGGACCAGGACGCUGUGGUGGCAGAGGGCCCGGAAGGGCACGUGGAGGGAGAGCAGGAGGGGGAAGAGGAGGAAGAGGAGGACGUGAGCGAGGUGUUCGAGUACGUGCCUGUGUUCGACCCCGUCGUCCACUGGGACCAGACCUUCAGCGUGCGGAAUCUGGACUUCCAAGCCCUGCGGACCGACUGGAUCGACCUGAACUGUAACACGUCCGGCAACCUGCUGCUCCCUGAGCAGGAGGCCCUGGAGGUCACGCGGCUCUUCCUGAAGAAGCUCAACCAGAGGAGCCGGGGGAGGUACCAGCUGCAGCGCAUCGUGAACGUGGAGAAGCGGCAGGACCAGCUGCGCGGGGGACGCUACCUCUUGGAGCUGGAACUGCUGGAGCAGGGCCGGCGCGUGGUGCGGCUCUCUGAGUAUGUGACCACACGCGGCUGGCAGGGCAUCGAUCUGGCUGGGGGCGAGGAAGCUGAGGCUCGGAACCUGCAGGGCCUCGUCUGGAACUCCAACAGCCACCGGAGACGUGUGCUGAAUGCCCGGGCCUCGGAACCCAAGCUGUGCUGGCCCCAGGGCUUCUCCUGGAAUCACCGAGCUGUGGUCCACUUCAUUGUGCCAGUGAAGAACCAGGCACGCUGGGUGCAGCAGUUCAUCAGAGACAUGGAAACCCUGUCCCGGGUCAGCAGCGACCCACACUUCAACGUCAUCAUCACCGACUAUAGCAGUGAGGACAUGGAUGUCGAGAUGGCGCUGAGGAGGUCCAAGCUGCGGAGCUACCAGUACACGAAGCUAAGUGGGAACUUCGAGCGCUCGGCCGGGCUCCAGGCCGGCAUAGACCUGGUGAAGGACCCACACAGCAUCGUCUUCCUCUGUGACCUGCACAUCCACUUCCCAGCGGGGGUCGUCGACACCAUCCGGAAGCACUGCGUGGAGGGCAAGAUGGCCUUCGCACCCAUGGUGAUGAGGCUUCACUGCGGGGCCACACCGCAGUGGCCAGAGGGCUACUGGGAGGUGAAUGGCUUUGGGCUACUCGGCAUCUACAAGUCGGACCUGGACAGGAUCGGGGGCAUGAACACCAGGGAGUUCCGGGACCGCUGGGGCGGGGAAGACUGGGAGCUGCUGGACAGGGUUCUCCAAGCAGGCCUGGAAGUGGAGCGUCUCUCUCUCAGGAACUUCUUCCAUCACUUCCACUCCAAGCGCGGCAUGUGGAACCGCCGCCAGAUGAAGGCGCUGUAGUUCUGGUGGCCCGCUGCACUGACCACCUCUGCUCCUUGGCUCAGGCCUGCUCCCAGUGCCCCUGCUCGCUGCAGGAGGAGGCAGGGGCACCUCAGGGCUGACGUUCCACUGGCAGAGACAGGUGCCAAGGCUCCUCCAGCCCAGGCCUCCGGAAGGAGGGAUGAAGUGGAGAGGCAGGAGGGCGCUCACAUCCUGGGGGCCGGGCACCUCCCGAGUGGGAGGAUUUAGGGCGGGGAGAGCCACCCACACCGCACCAUCCUAUCCAGGGUGGCGUGUCCCAACGGCCACCCAGAGCUCCUCAGGGGGUGCUGAUCAGGAGCUGGAAGCUCUUCUGCUGGACAUGUUUUAUUGGGGGGUUAUUUUUUUAGCAGAAAACCAAAGCUGCGGCAUAGACCCGGCCUUGCCUGUGAGGGACGGGGCAUGCAUCUGAGGGCGCGUCCCCACUUGCAGCCUCGCACCCACUUGUAACGUGUCUCUCUUCCUGGCCGGAGGGCCGGGCCCCACGGGGCAGUUCUUGCUCGUGCCUUGACACGCAUCUCCCCCGUGGCCAUUGACUGGGGCGUUAAGUCCAGGCAGAGCAGAGAAGGCCGCCCUCCCUGGGGCAGAGCGGGAGGCGGGGACUGGUGGGUAGGGGACCCACGACCAGCCUGGGCUGUGCAGACCGGCGAGGAGAAGGCGAGGGCGAGAAGUCCUUUCCCUGCACACCCCGAGUCCAGCCUCGGGGGGGACAUGAAGAGUGGAGAAGACUGGGUGUGGACGGGGCGAGCAGGCCCUGCAAGAGGGGUGAAGGGUGAGAGGGGAACCUGAGUCCCCCAGUCCAGCUCUCCGCAGCCCCAGGGAGCCUGGUGGCUGACCUUGAUGGGAGAAGGUGUAGGGGACGGAGACCUGGACCUGCCAUGGGCACGGGCGAGAGGACAGGAAGGUGACACGGCCCUGAGAGAGCGCCCCACAUGGAGGGGGGCAGUGCGGUUUCAGGGACGGUGACCUGGUCUUACUCCGCACCCUCUCACCGGUGACCUCACACUUAGCUUGCUCUAACACUCUCUGGGCCGCUGCCGCCGCUGCUGUGGAACUCACCGAUGUGCGCUGGACACCAGACCUCGAGCCCAGUGUGUGGGGAGGGCCGGCGCAGAGCCUCCCGCUGCCAGCAAGGGCACGUGGGGCAAGCAGGCCGGACAGCGGUGGGCAGCGCCCCGCCGUGAGCUGCGCCCCGCCGAGUACAGCUGUGAGCUGCAGGCCUCUGCGUGGGCUCUGCCAGAAGGCUCAGCCCCAGGAGGCUGCACUCGGCUUGUAAGAGAAUGGAGCCCACCGAGGACCUUCCGGGACCGGGCGACCUGCCUGCCGCUGGGGAGCCAGGGGAGACAGCCGCUAUUGUGACACAUGCCUGUCCUGCCUGCUCCCGGGCUCUGGCUCGUUCUGGGACCUGCUCAGGCCUCCUGCCCCUGGGGACGGGCAGAGGGGAUGAGGCCUGGGCUGCAGGUGGCCAUCUGGGUGCCAGCUCCUUUGGGGACACUCUCCCUGGGCGUUGCACUGGAAGCCCGGACCAGCCCAGACAGCCAUGCCCUGCCAGCCCUCCCGCCCUGCCCGCCAGUGCCUUGUGUCCUGUUACCUCCACACCGUCUGCCUUAAGGGGAGGGCACCAGGGCCCCACUCCAGAGGGAAAUGUCUUGGGGCGGGGGUGGGAGUGGGAUGGCAGGAGGGAAAGCGUUAAAUACAG